AUGUCUGAUAAAAAGUAUGGUCUUAUAGUACCAGAUAAAGGGAAAGUAAAACCAGUUUUCCUAGCGUCCAGGAAUGUUUUUGGAAAUGAUUCUGAUUCCGAAGAAGAGUUAACCAAAAAGCCAAUUUUGCUUCGGCCUAGUGGUAACACUUCUAGACAGUCAAAAAUUAACCAAGAAAAGGCCAUCUUGGAAGAUCCAACAGUGUACCAAUAUGAUGAGAUAUAUGAUGAUAUGACAAGUAAAAAAGAAAAGAUAAAACUUAAGAAUAAGGAAGAGAAAGCCCCACAAUAUAUAGAGAAUUUGAUGAAGGCAGCUGAUAAAAGAAAAAUAGAAAAUGAACGAAGAAUUGAAAGACAAAUACAAAAAGAAAGGGAGAAAGAAGGUGAUGAAUUUAAGGACAAGGAAGUAUUUGUUACAUCUGCAUAUAAAAAGAAGUUGGAGGAAAUGCGUUUAGAAGAAGAAAAAGAAAAACGUGAAGAAUAUUUAGAAAAUAUUGGUGAUGUCACUAAACAGAAGGAUCUAGGUGGUUUCUACCGUCACUUGUAUGAACAGAAGUUAGGAAAAGAUGAGAAGAAUGACAAAAAUGAUGAAGCUGUCGGUUCUGCACCUAGCAAAGUGUCAGAAAGUAAUGAAAAAAACCUUACUUUAAAAGCUACCGCUAGUCCACAUGAUGCUCAAAAGAAAAGAAAUUAUAGGAAGAGAAAGUCUUCAGAUAGCAGACCUUGCUUAUCUGAUGGUGAGAUUGAAGAGUCGGAAGAAGAAAUUAAUCGCUUUAACCUAGAUGACAUUAGAAAGGCUAAAAAGCAUAAGCUAGAUGAAAAUAUUGAUGCUGACUCAGACUUUUCAAUUGACGAAUCAAGCAACGAUGAAAAUGACAAGAAGAAUACUGAAGUUAUUAAUCAACUUACAAUUAAACCUACUGAAAAGGAAGUGAAUAAGCCUCUUCCGUCUAAAGAUGAUAAUGAACCAAGUGCAAUAAUAAAAAAUUCACAAGAAGUAAAGGAUACAGAUAAAAUAGAAGAACCUAAACCAAAAGUAGAUAUAUGGAAAAAGAGAACUGUUGGUCCAAUUUUUGAAGAAGCCUUGAAGAGGUAUUAUGAAAGAAAAGCGGGAAGGGGUCAUUAA